AUGAACCUUCUGGAUCGGUUCCCCACCACCAGCAGUCCUCCCAUGGCAAACACUGGGCGCGGAUUGCGAUGCGGGGGCGCUCCUCGCAACCUGGAGGCCUCAACCACAGCCGCCCCAGCCAAGGACAUUGACUGGGCCCAGACUGCCAAGGACCUCGACUCCAAGUCCCCGCUAGAGAUCAUGGAUCACGCCCUGGCUACGUUUGGUGACACCAUCGGGAUUGCCUGGUCUGGGGCUGAGGACGUGGCCCUGGUGGAGUAUGCUCACCUGACGGGGCGCCCUUACCGCGUGUUCAGCCUGGACACCGGCCGCCUCAACCCUGAGACCUACCGUGUCUUUGCUGCCGUGGAAAAACACUACGGCAUCAAGAUUGAGUACACCUUCCCAGAUGCCCAGGAGACGAUGGACCUGGUUCGCGACAAGGGCCUCUUCUCCUUCUACGAGGACGGGCACGGCGAGUGCUGUCGCGUGCGCAAGGUGCGCCCCCUGCGCCGCCAGCUGGCGGGCCUGGGCGCCUGGGUGACGGGCCAGCGCAAGGACCAGUCUCCGGGGACGCGCCAGGCGGUGCCCGUGGUGCAGGUGGAUCCGGUGUUCGAGGGUGCAUCGGGCGGGCCCGGCUCCCUGAUCAAGUACAACCCGCUGUCCAACAUGACCAGCACGGAGGUGUGGAACUUCCUGCGCGUCAUGGGCGUGCCCACCAACGCCCUCCACGCCGCGGGCUACGUGUCCAUCGGCUGCGAGCCCUGCACGCGCCCCGUGCUGCCAGGCCAGCACGAGCGCGAGGGGCGGUGGUGGUGGGAGGACGCCGCCGCCAAGGAGUGCGGCCUGCACUCCGGCAACGUCGUGCGCAGCGCGGAGGAGCAGGCCGCGCGAGAGGCGGCGGCCGCCGACCUCUGGCAGAGCGGGGACGUGGCGGCGCUGAGCAAGGAGCAGCUGAGCGCCGCGCUGGAGGACGUCGCGGGGCGAGGCGAGCCCACCCUGGUGGUACUCUACGCGCCUUGGUGCCCCUUCUGCCAGGCCAUGGAGCCGGCGUAUGCUGAACUGGCGCGCCAGCUGGCGGGGUCGGGCGUGAAGGUGGCCAAGUUCCAGGCAGACGUCGAGCGCGAGUUUGCCGCAACCAAGUUUGGCCUGGAGACCUUCCCCACCAUCGUCCUGCUGCCGCAGAAGACCCCUGGCUUCAUCAAGUACCCCUCCGAGAGGCGCGACGUCGACUCCCUGAAGAUGUGGGUCAAGGCACUGACUGGCGGGCAGUGA